CUCGCGACAUCAACGCAUCCCUAUUUUUUUUUCCAAGGAAAAAUGUAUCUUCUUCGCCUACAGUCUUUCUCCAGGAUCGCUUUUAAUUCCUUUCUCUCUACCGUGCCACGGAAAGAUUGUCAAUUUAUGAAUCAGUUUAAUAAAAACUGGUCGUGUGUCGGCUGAUUUAUUUUAGCUCAUAUUCUCAUAUUUCUGCACGAAAAUGCCAAGGUCCAAGAAGAGGAGUUCCAGGGUGGGGCCUCAUGGAGCUGUGCAACCUUUCAGCGAUGAGGAUGCCUCAAUCGAGACCCUCAGCCACUGCAGCAGCUUCAGUGAUGCCAUGAGGGUGGCAGACGAAGGAGGGGAAGCAGGUGAGGAGACAGCCCAGGAGGAUUUACAGUACAAGCUGAAUGUUUUCAUUGACAGCACUGUGGAUAAGAGUGCCAAGACCAGACAAGGAGCUCUGGAUGGGCUGAAGGCUGCCAUGGCAACUAGGAUCCUGUACGAGUUCAUUUCAGACAGGAGGAUGACCAUCACCGACAGCAUUGAGCGCUGUCUCAAGAAAGGUAAAGGACGGGAGCAGUGUGCAGCAGCCUCCCUGGCCUGUCUGCUGUGUAUUCAGCUGGGCUCAGGUGUUGAGAGCGAGGAGGUGUUCAAGACCCUCAAACCCAUUUUCAAGAACAUUCUGUUGGAUGGAGCGGCCAACAUCCAAACCAGACAAGCGUGCGCAACAAGUUUGGGCCUGUGCACUCUCGUGGUGGAAGAUGACAUCCUGGAGGAUGAGAGUCGCCCCUCUCUCAACCCCCAGACCACCCUGCUCCACACCAAUGCCCUCCUCUCCUGGGCCCUGCUGCUCACAAUCUGCACAGGCAGCCAGGUCAAAGCAGUCACACGCAAGCGUUUUGAGUAUGACGACUGGGAGCCCCUGUGUGACAAGCUGAACUCUCUGGCCAGCGACUGCAACAAACACCGUGCCAAGACUGACAAGAGGAAGCCGAGGUCUGUGUUCAGGGACGUGCUCAAGGCUGUGGAGGAGAGGGACUUUCAGACUGAGACAAUUCGUUUCAGCACUGAGCGUAUGACCAUUGACAGCUGGGUGAGGAAGAGGACAUACGAUGCCUUCAGGGAGUUUGUGGGCUCUGGUAUGAAUUACCAGCUACAGGCCAAUGAGUUUAUUCGUGGUGUGUUUGAACUGGGACCCCAUAUGCUGGUUGACACGGCCACACUGAAGUCCAUGAAAAUCUCCCGCUUCGAAAGGCAUCUCUACAAUGCAGCUGCAUUCAAGGCUCGGACAAAGGCCAGGAACAAGUUCAGAGACAAGAGGGUUGACGUCAGGGAGUUUUAAUGGGUCCGACCUGCUCUUUUUAUUAACAAUCUUGAAUAUCACUGUUACUAUCCUUAAUUUAUCCAAUGGUCAAGUGGUUGCUAUUUGUAAAUAUGAGUAAUCAUGUCUGUCUCAAGUGAUGCCUUAAUUCCCCAUAUAAACUUGCCAGUGCACAAAUUUUAGCCAGAGUGUCUAUGUAGGGAAUUAAGUGUCAUGUGAGAUGUAGACCUUGUUGCUCUGUUUUUGUUUGUGGUCCAUUUAACAUGGUAUUAUUUGAAAAUGCACAAAUUGGUUAACAUUUCCUAUGGACCCCCUGAAUCCUGAUGUAUUUUGUUAUACACGGUGUAUACCAAACAUUAGCAACCCCUUGCUAAUAUUGAGUCACCCCCUUGCCCUCAGAGCCUCUAUUUGUCGGGGCAUGGACUACAAGGUGUUGGGUGUUCCACAGGGAUGCUGGCUCAUGUUGACUCCAAUGCUUACCACAGUUGUGAAGUUGGUUGGUGGCCCAUUCCUGAUACACAUUUGGGAGGGGGGAACUCAGCUGUGUUGCAUUUCUUGACACAAACCGGCGUGCCUGGCACCACCUGCCAUACCCUGUUCAAAGGCAUUUAAAUCGGUCUUGCCUGUUCGUCCUCUGAAUGGCACACAUACACAAUCCACAUCUCAAGGAUCACAAAUCAUUCUUUAACCUCUCUCCUUCAUCUACACUGAUUUGAAGUAGAUUUAACAAGUGCCAUCAAUAAGGUAUCAUUGCUUUCACCUGGUCAGUCUGUCAUGUAAAGAUUGUGUUAAUGUUUUGUACACUCACUGUAUUUUAGUAGGUCUAUUGGGGAAGUGAGAAACCCAAAUAAAUACUUAUGGACCAGU